UCUGCUGCUUGUCUAGCUAAAUAUAGCCUGACAUGCCUGUGUAACCACGUAAUGACUGCAGGAAAGCAGCAGAUGCAAAAUGUCCAGCGGAAUUUCUGGAAUCAAAUAAAAUCCCUGGAAAUGGAAGGAAAAAAAAAAAAGUAGAGCAUUAACCCUUCUAGAGUCAGUAGAAGCCAGUUUAACCCUUUCUGCUGCAGUGUUCUUCCUCUAUGACAGCUGAGCCUUGUUUGCAGGAAGACCGGCUGGCUGCCUUGCUCUGCAGCACUUCCUAUCACCCCAGCGUCUGAGGACAGCAGGCACUGUCCCCUCCCAGGGCUGGCAGUAGGAAUGUGACCACUCCUCCUCCGGCCUCCUGUCAUUGGUGGAUUUACAUAGUUCAGCCCAUUUUUCCUGGAAAGUUCUUGGAAAUAUAUUAGCUGGGUUCUGCUGUUACACUGGGACAACACACACACACCCUAUACAACUAUAUAUAGAAGCAGCACAGCGACUGCACAGGUUUAGAUAGCAGCCAGCCGCUCGGACAGGAUACAUUGUGUGCUGUCACUGAACACAGUACCUGUCAGAAGACAAUUAACAGAAAAGGAUUCUAUUUUUGGACUUUUGCCCCCUUUCCCUGGUACUGAGCCUUCUCUUCGGUGGGACACCUAUGCCUUUCCGCUCCUCCUGGACGGAUAUGAUUCUUUGUGUGAGAGGUCCACAGAGCCUGUUGGCAGAGCAGAGGGUUUGUCGACCGUCAUCCUGUGUGGGGGUCCCGGGCUUUGCAGCCGACCAAGUCAUGCACCCCCUGAACCCUCCAGCCUGUCCGGGGCACUCACCGAAUGUGCCUGAGGUGACCCCAAGACCAGUAGAGCCCCAGCGGCCGCAGCCACCUCCCCAGAACACGGUGAGAGACCCGGAGGAAGAUCUGCUCUGCAUUGCCAAGACUUUCUGCUAUCUCCGAGAAUCAGGUUGGUACUGGGGGCCAAUUACCGCCACAGAAGCCAAACAGAGACUCCAGAAAAUGGCAGAAGGUGUCUUCCUGGUGCGCGACAGCACUCAUCCCAGCUACCUCUUUACUUUAUCUGUGCGCACGAACCGAGGACCCACGAACGUCCGCAUUGAGUAUUCGGACAGUCUCUUCCGCUUGGAUUCUAACUGGCUGUCUAAGCCACGUAUCCUCUCCUUCCCUGAUGUUGUCAGCCUGGUUCAAUAUUAUGUCUCCUCCUGUAAUUCCGAGAGCACUAAGGACCCAGCCAGUCAAUCGAACCUGGAACCCACCUCCCUUAAAGAGCCGGCUGCAGUGCACCUCAAACUCUUACGACCCCUUUAUCGAAGUGGAGAAAGCCCGAGUCUGCAACACCUUUGCCGGCUGCAGAUAAACCGCAGCGUGGUGCCUGGGUCCGACCUCACAGAACUGCCCCUACCCAGGAGAAUAGUUGAAUAUCUGCAGCGAUACCCAUUCAAGCUCUGAUUCAUUGAGGGCAGGACUUGUCAAUACUUACACAUACUUCCCGCCAAGGGUGCCAUACGUCCAAUAUUGUAUAUAACCAUCAUAUUUAUUAUAAUAUUUCCAACAUCCAGCUGUUUUUUUUUCAGGGGGGAGGGGUUUAUACUUUGUUGAUUUUUUGUCAAUGCAGGAUUCCCCUAGGAGUCACUGCAGGGGUUCACCUUCCCCCUUACUGUGAUAGAACUGGUGCCAGCUGUGGAUUAUACCAUCAAGAUACACUGUAACUACUAAACCCAAAGAGACCAAGAGGAGCAUGUCUAUUGUCUGGACUUGUUCACUGGGCGAAGUCGCUGAUUGGUCGCUGUAAGGGGACAGAUCACUGUGGAUGCCUGAAGACACUAAACUUCUGCUGCAUUCUGAUAAGGCUGGUACAGCUGCACAUUAGUGGUUAUGUUGUGAAGACACAGGAGGGUUCUUUCCGUCAGGCUCCUGGAGAUGACAAUAAAUAGGAUUUCUUACUAUCGUGGUUGUCCUGUUGUUUUUAAUGCCUUUACCUCUUCUGUCAAGUUGUUAUAUUUAAUACUAUUUAGCUGUUAAUUAGUUAUAUCUGGCUCUAGGAAAAGCUGGGUGACAGCCAAUGUGUCUGUUGUUACAAGAACUGACACUUGCCUUUCCUAGACUAAAUGACAUGUGUGCAUAUUUACCAUUUUGGAAGCUGGGUGCCAACAAUCUUCAGUGGAGAUGUAAUGGCGGCCAUAUUGGUUGUUAUCCAACAUUCUUUAUUAUACAGCAUUACUCAUGAUUUUACAGAAUAUACAGCGUUGCUUAUGAUUUAUCAGAAAAGGGUGGUUUUUAAUAACUGCAGAUUCAAAGGGGCAGGGCUCCUUUAUAUUAAGACCGUCAUUUAUUGUAGUUUACUUUGCAAAGGACAGGUUCAAGUCACUAAGGCAGCAGUAGGCACAUCCCCUGCACAUCCAUAUUAAAGGGAUAGUGUACAUUCUUAUAUCAUUAUGUUACUAUAACCACUGAGCUGUAGCUAAAACUCCCAUCAUAUCAAUAUCAAUCAAUUCCUCAGCACUGGAAUGUACUAGGCAAUUCCUGGGAUUUUUGUUUUCUUUUAUUACAAUAUUCACUGAUGACAUAACUUAAAUUAUCCAAGAAUUCAUUGAUUGUGUUUAGCUUAAAGGGGAUCUCCAAAGCAUUACUUGAGCUUGAAUAAAAACAUGUAAUGUGCAUAAUGGAAAGAUGGAAACGUCAGAAUAAAACAUGAACAUUUGUGCAGCACCAAGGGUUAAUAAAGUGAAGGCAAUGAAGUUGCAGCAAUAUAUGAAUAGUCAUGGCUUCUUACAACUGAUGUUAUUUUUUUCCUUUAACCCUUUUAGCUGUAUCCGAUCACUUAUUUCUGGCCUCCAGGACCAGUGGUCACCAUAUUAGUAAAUUUGAUAGGUGGCUUAUUUUGGGGAAAUGUUUGUGUUCAUAGUUUUUGCAGUCUAUCCAGGUGCUCAUCCACAACACUCAAAUGUUGCCUGUAUACAGUAACAUUACCGGCUCUUUUACGGAUUCACAUUAUGGAAUUUUUCCACAGAAUUUCUAGAUGAAAUUUAGCCCUGAACGUCCAUUACAUGAAGCUGAACUAAAUAGUUCGGACUGUGGAUUUUCCACCAAGAGAUCGGACAUGUUAGUUAUUUCUGCAAAAUUCCAUUUAUUCAAUCGGAUUUCUUUUUCCAAUGCUUAUUCUCUCUGUAAAAUUCUGUGUGAAAUAAACACAGAUUCUGGGGAGUACUGUAGUGUUCUCUAAUGUGAACAGGGCUUUAGACUCCUCUACAGCAAAUCCACCCCGGUAUUCAUGUAUAUAUACACCGUGCUUAGUAUGUAAAUAGGGACAUUAUUCUAUUUAGCAUUGCAAGAAAGCUGAGUAACUGCCCCACCCAGGGCUUUCAUGGCACCCAUAUGGGUUGUCACCCAGGCUUCUGAGAAAACAUACAGUUAGGAAAUGACUGAACAGAUAUUGUAACACCUUGACAAAAGACCCAAGACUGUUAUAUUCUGGAGACAAUUUGGAUUCUUUUGGGGGGGAUGCUGUUAGAGGAUCAGAUGUGACGUGGCGUUAUCAGAAGAGCAUAUUGAUUCUUCCUAUCCCUACAGUGCUAUCCUCUGCUUGCUCGUGUUGUAUCAUCUUUGCCGUCUCU